GGGCCACUUAGCAACUGGGGGCACACUCCCGGCUGCUGGUCGUGAGGGCGGGAACCAUGUUCUCCAUCUGCAGGCGUGCCUGAGAGCCACGUCCUCCUCCUGAGACCUGAGGGCGUGAGCAGAAUGGAGAAGGAUGCCACAGCCGCUCACCGCAGGCACCGGCCAGGCCCCGGGGCACCUCCCUCCGGGGCAAAGGCCAGUGAGGCAGCCGAGCUCCAAAGGAGCAGGAGCGUGGGUGGCCUGCUCCAGAAGGGGGACCCCCCGAGCUGCAUCAAGAAGCUGUGCCGGGAGUCAGGUGGGAACACUGCGGGCGCCCCCUGCCCCUGCUCAGACCCCACAGGACCAGAGUCUGAAGACCAGGGAAAGGACCUCAAAUGUGACCCUGAGGAGGUCACCAGUCACGCAGACCUGAAGGAGCACAAGUGGGAGGAGAGUCAGCACAUCCUCGGGAAGGCAGACCGUGAGAGUGGAACCGCGGAGCCGGAGGUGGAAGAGAACAGCUCAGGGGCCGGGGGCAGGGGCAGCAGGAACAGGACCCCGAGUCCCCACAGCUGGAGGACCUUCUGGAAGAGGAGAAGCCAUCUGUGUUUGUGGAGAUUGAUCUGGGAGACCAUGCCGAGGAGGUGGCCACGUGUGCCACGAGAGAAGAGAAGCGGUCCCAGAUGGACGUGGGGGAUUUGUCAGAAGAUGAGACCAGGACCAGCUGGGUGUGCUGUAUCCCCUACUCCACCAGGAAGAAGGUGAAGCAGAGCGUGUAGCAACCCCAGGGAAGACCGAGGGACGAGGGACACAGACAAGCAGCCCUGAGAAGCACCACGCGGCCUGUUGCAGGGGCGCCAGCACCAUCCCAGGCAUGACCCAGACCCGCCGGGCGAACGAUGCACCAUCUGUUAAAAAGACACAAUAAAGAGUGAACAGAAGCUGUUCUCCCCUCCGGCCCUCGA